UACUAGGGUGGAUCUAACGUUAGAGUGUGGAAAGGAGACUAAUUAACUAUUGUUAUUAUGGACAGAUGGGGCUUUUAUUUUGAAAUCAGGUCUCGACGUCUCUUACCAUAAUACUCAGUUUACACACAAAACACAUAAAAAAGCGGGGACUCGCUCGUCUGUACUUCUCGAACUGGACGCUGGCUUGACAACAGUACCUCACUUUUCCCACUUUGUCUCGUGUGUUUGCGUGUGAGUGUUGGCUGCCUCGUUUUCCAGACUCGCCACUGAGGUAGGAUCCGUGCUCUUUUCGCCGUGCUGUUUGUGGCUCUGCUGCUGGCAAACAUUCCUCCGGACAAAACGCCCACAGUGCACAGAGCUUUGGAUGUGGCUUUGCUUUGUGCAUCUCACGUGGAGCUGUGUUUAAAACCCUGACACUUUCGGGCUGUGCCGCCUUUCUUGUUUAUGUCGUCUAAAGCGACUCAACAAGCAAAAAGUUGUUUCCGCCAAGUUGCGCAGAGUUGCGCAAGUUGACGCAAUAAUAACAGUCGAGAGCACGACUGCAACUGUUAUUAUUAAUGUCGUUUUAACUAAGAUUUUUAGUAUUGGGCUCAUAACGCAGGCAUAGCGCUAUAAUUUGCUAAGUAUGUUGUUGUUUAGCUUUGAAAACAGUGAAAGUGCUUUAACGCACUAAAACAGCUCCUUAACAGAAUACAAUAAAGUAGAAUAGCCCUUUAUUGUCAUUGUAUAUGUACAACGAAAUUAUGAAAACUUAAUGUGUUUCAGAAUGAAUAUAUUCAAACGAGACAAAGGCUCAGCGGCUGCUACUCAGGAGCUCGGCAGUGCCGUCAGACACAGCCAGAACAGGCAGGAUGAUGGAGUUGGCUCACAGAGGACGGGGGUGAUGGGUGUCAUGCAGAUGGUCAAUCCCUUCAAAUCCACUGCACAGGCCUCCUUCACGGUUCAUACAACUCCCUCCUCAGAUUCACUGGAACAACCAGCAGACACAGCUCAGAACCCUGGUAUGCUGAAAGGGGUCAUGCAGAAGGUCAACCCAUUCAAGCCUACCUCACAGGUCUCCAAAGCACCAUAUUCAGAGUUGCCGGAGCGGGGAAAGGAAGACUCUACUCAGAACUCUGGAAUGUUGAAAGGAAUGAUGCAGAAAGUCAACCCCUUCAAGUCUUCUGCACAGGUGUCAAAGAGUGAUCCUCCAGAUGAUUCUGCAAAUCAUCAAGAGACUGGAAAAGAACGUCAAGACAAACAAAGUCCAGGAAUGAUUCAGAAAGUCAACCCAUUCAGAUCCUCGCAGCCAAAGGUUUCAUUUUUAAUAAUAAUUACUGAUAAUUUAAUUGUUGAACAGAAAACUGUGCUCAGCGUUUAUCCUUCUGGAAAGUCCUCUUCUUGCAUCUUAUAUUUUCAGGAUGUUGAGCCUCAACACAAUGACCUCACAUCCAGCGCUGGAAGCCUGACAGGCAACAACAACUUGCCAGAGAAGCAGAACCCUGGAAGGUUCAAAGAGACGAUGCAGAAAGUAAAUCCCUUUAAGUCGUACACACAGAUUCAGGAUCAAUGUCAGAGAGAUUUGACGGUUACCUCUGUCAAGACACUGGAAAACCAAGCAGAUAUUCACAGUGACAACUCCACCAGCUCUGAAAGCCUGGAUGACAGCACAAUAGAGAGACAUUCUGUUUGGUAUAUAGAUGCUGACACCAGCUGUGAUGUAAAAACCCAGCCAACACAGGCCCAAAGGAGAAGAACCAGGGACUCUGCAAAUGCAUUUUCUGACACUCAAGCCUCACCCCAGGAGGUAGUUGAAGUUCAGACAUUGCAAUUGGCUGAAGUACCAGUGCGCAGUGGAGGAACGGACCUGGACCCUCUAGACGAUGACGAAGGCCUUUUGUCCUGGUGGAGAACAGUCGAAGGUUGGGAUGAGUGGAAUGAGGCAAACCAGAAUGAUGAAACUGAAGAAGUGGUGGAACAAGCAGCUGAUCGCGUCUUCAUGGCCGCUCGACUUUUUGUUCGUUUUUUUAACCAACGCGGCGCCUCACUGCAGCAGCGCAUCCUUGAGCUCCUAGCCUUGGCUGAUGCAGCAGACAAUUUUCACAAAAAAACGGUCACGGCCAGUGUGGGCGGUGGAUUGGCCAGUGUCGCCGGGUCUAUCACCACCAUCACCGGCCUCAUUCUGGCACCCUUCACAGCUGGAACAUCACUGAUUGUCACAGCUGUAGGCAUUGGUAUAGCUACAGCUGGUGGCGUGACAUCUGCUUCGGCCAAUAUCACUGACACCGUCCAUUCAAAGACGGACCGCAAGAAGGUGGAGAAGAUGAUUCAAGAUUACCAGGGGGAGAUCAAGGACAUCAAAGAAUGCCUGGAAUUUUUACAGGAAGGGAUGGAGACACUCCAGCAGUGGGACUUUGAGAAGUAUGCCGAGAGCAUCGCAAAAAAUCACUUAAACCAGGACGUCAAGCAUGUAAUCAAGGAGGGUGGUCGAGCUGGCAAAGCUCUGGUGGUCAACACAGACAGUCUGAUCAAUACUGUUCAAGUCCUGAAUGUUGCUGGUGGUGCUGCCAAAGCUGCCCAGGUGAUGAGUGUCACUACCGGAGUAAUGUCAGGCCUCUUCCUGGCUCUUGAUGUGUUUUUCCUGGCAAAGGACUCCAUGGAACUGAAAAAGGGGGCAAAAACAGAGUUCGCUGUCAAGAUCCGAGAAGUUUGCAAAGACCUACAGGAUGGCCUGCUGGAGCUAAACAGAAUCAAGGAACAGCUUCAGAAAACUAUGGAUGGGAUAGAGGUGGAGGUAGAGGAGGUGGAGGAUGAAGAGCAGUUGAAAUCUGAUCUGAAGAAACUCACUGAGCUUGAAGACUGAAGGACAGUGUUUAGAAAACAAAACAAAGUCCUCAUUGUCUUGCGUUGAUACCAAAAAUAAAGUUUAAGCAGAAAUUGCACAAGUUUCGUAGUUUUUACGGUCUGCAUUGUUACUGAACAGGCCCAAUGAAUAGUUCUCAGUAGUUUCUUAUAUUAAUAUAUUGUCAUUGUUUGUUUUAAAGGCAAUUUUAAUUAAAUGUAUUACAUUUAUUGCUGGUUUGCUGCAUUGGUGAGUUGAUCUGACUUACACUCCACACUACUUUUAUCAGUGGACGAGGUGAGAUGACCUUUUACUCAAACGGGUGGGGUCAAAGGCCAGAAAUAAAAGAAUGUUAAAGGUC